AUGAAGUUCCAAGCUAUUUUCCCGCUUUUGGGUCUGGCAGCUGCCAGUUCCAUCUCCAGCCAUGCACCGAUCUUAACCGACAAGUCGGUGACAACUUCCCUGGGCUCCUUCAAUGUGACCAGCGGCGCAUCCUGCGCAUGCCAGAAGCUGUCUCGCAAGUUCGGCGGCAUCAUUCUUCCCAAUGGAGCGAACUAUACUGCCGAAACCGUGGACCCUUACUGGGAUGUUCGGGCCAACCUUGCUCCUGCUUGCGUCUUCCUUCCUGAGAGUGCCCAUCAGGUUGCCGAUGCUGUCAAGAUCAUCGAGUCGUGUGAUGCACAGUUUGCGGUUCGUGGUGGAGGACACAUGUGUUACCCCGGAGCAAACAACAUUCAUGGCGGUGUUCUCAUGGCCUUGACCAAUCUGAAGACUGUCAAGGUCAACAGCGACAAUGUUGAAGUCGGACCUGGCCUGACCUGGUAUGACGUCUAUUCGGCUCUCGAGCCCCAUGGCCGCGUUGCCAUUGGUGGUCGCCUGAAGACCAUUGGUGUCCCUGGACUGAGUCUCAUUGGUGGCUUCCACUACUUCAACAACAAAUACGGAUUUGCCAUGGAUAACGUUAUCAGCUAUGACGUUGUUCUUGGAAACGGUACCCAGAUCACGGUCAACAAGAACAAGCACAAUGAUCUCUUCUGGGCUUUGAAGGGUGGUGCGAACAACUUUGGUAUUGUGACCAAGUUCACCCUCAAGACUUUUGACAUGCCCAAGGUCAGCACCACCAUUCAGACAUAUGAUGAAAGUCACAUUCCCGACUUCAUUGCCGCUGUUUGCCAUGCCGCCAACCUCGACGAUGAGAAGCCCAUUGCGGCUGGUAUGGUCGCAUCCAUCACCUAUAACGUUACCUCCAAGGCCGCAUCGGCCUCUCUUCUCGGUGUUCAGGAGGGUGCCGUUAGCCCUCCCUCUCAGUUUGCCAACUUCUCUUCUAUUCCAGCCACGGCUAGAAUCAACAAGGUCCAGACCAUGAAGUCCUGGGCUGAAGGAUUGGACUCGCCUAAGCAGAUGUUCCGUGUUAUGUACUCUCACAAGAGCAUGACCCCUGAUGCCGAUGUUAUCUACACACUCUACAAGAUCUGGAAGGAUGCCGUCGCCGAUAUCGCCGACGUUCAAGGCCUUUACCCUACCUUUGUUACCAACGUGCAUGCUGCCGGUGCUUCUCGAGUUGCCAAGACCAACGGCGUUGGCAACGUCUGGGGCUUGGAACCCGAGCCUUUGAUCCUGUGGCAAUUCAGCACUGGAUGGGCUCUGGCCCAAGAUGACUUGCGAGUCCAGGCCUGGUCCCGCCAGCUUACCGAGCGUCUGAACGCCAUCGUUAUCGAGAAGGGCCUUGCCUCCGACUUCAUCUACAUGGGAGAUGCGGGUGAGUGGCAGAACCCCUUCCUGGGAUUCCCCGCCGAGAAUGUUGUCCGCAUGAGAGAGAUCCGCUCUUCCUACGAUCCCAAGGGCGUCUUCUCCCGUCUCAACUGGGGUGGCUUCAAGCUUGGAAUUUAA